GCACGUAAAGGCAGCAUCAGGAGCUCAUCUGUUGGACAGGGAAACUAAUCAGGAGCCAAGUAAAGACUUUUUUGUACUGUUAGCGUCAGUGCUGGCAAGCUUUUAAAGCCAGCCUCCCAGACAAACAAGAAAUACGGACUUUGCUUAUGAAGUACAGUGUCUCCUCUGUACAAUAAACAACAUUCGAACUAUGUUUAGGAGCACAGCUUUGCUGUGCUGAAAGCAAGGCGGACUGCCAGAGCGCAUCUUGCGGUUAGCGUUAGCUGGGAAAGAAGUGUAAGUAGAGGCAAGAAAAUGGAGCUGGACGACGUAGUGCUGUAUCAGGACGACUCGGCCAACUCGACCAUGAUGUCCGAGCGGGUCUCAGGUUUGGCCAGUUCAAUAUACCGUGAGUUUGAACGGCUAAUCGAAAAAUACGACGAGGACGUAGUGAAGGAUCUUAUGCCGCUGGUCGUCGCCGUGCUGGAGAACUUGGACUCGGUGUUCGCUGUCAACCAGGAGCACGAAGUGGAGCUGGAGCUGCUGAAGGAAGACAACGAGCAACUUGUCACCCAGUAUGAGCGAGAGAAGGCACUGAGAAAACACGCAGAAGAGAGCUACAUUGCCUUUGAAGACUCCCAGGAAGGAGAGAAGAAGGAUCUUCAGUGUCGACUGGUGAAGUUGGAGUCUCACACACGCCAGCUACAACUAAAAACUAAAAACUAUGCAGAUCACAUUAGCAGACUGGAGGAGAGGGAAGCGGAGCUCAAGAAGGAGUACAGUGCCCUUCAUCAGAGACACACUGAGAUGAUCCACAGCUACAUGGAGCACCUGGAGCGCAGUAAACACCAACAUGCAGCGCUAACAGCAGAGCCCUCAGAUACAGGCACAGGCACAUCAGCCAGAACACGGAAGGAGCGUCCCAUCUCCAUGGGCAUAUUCCAGCUUCCUGGUACUGAUGGUAUGACUUCUGACCUCCAGAGGGAACCUGUAGACACCCUCACUGAACCAUGGAGAUUCAACAACCUUAGCCAUCCACGGUCCAACACUAGCCUCAAGUUUGAGGAGCAGUUCUCUCCUGUCAAAGUGGAAGGUGAAAGUUCAGAGGGGAAUUUAUCCAUUCAGGAUGCUGAUCAAGACCAGGAUGAACUGGCCAGUGCAAACCACAGAGGCUCCAAAUUCAGUACUCCAACCAAACCAAGUGUCUCUAAAGGUGGAGGAUCCAAAUUCAGCAGUCCCAUGUCCUCUCAUGGUGACGCCUCUAAAUCAAACACCCCCUCUUCUACAUACAGUGGUAACCUGCAGUCCAGCACACCUCUGUCUCCUCACAAUGGAGCAUUCACUGGUAUGAGCCCUGUGUCCAGUCUGGGAGGAGCGUCCGGUGUCAUAAAGUCUGUGGACACAGCCCUACAGAAACGGGAAGCUUCAGACGGGCUCAACAACAACCUGGACUGGACCGGUGGGAAACCAGAGAGCAGUAAGAACAUCGCAGCAUCUGCUUCUACACCUCUCAGAGAUAAAGAUGGAGCAGACAGCCUGGGGAAGUCAGAGGUGCAGGCCAUCAUAGAGUCCACUCCUGAACUGGACAUGGACUUGGAUGGCUGCAGAGGAACAAGCACUCCCACUAAAGGUGGCAUAGAGAAUCUGGCGUUUGACCGUAACACAGACUCUCUGUUUGAGGAGCUGUCAUCUGCAGGAAAUGACCUGAUAGGAGAUGUGGACGAAGGAGCCGACCUGCUAGGUAUGGGUCGGGAGGUUGAGCAUCUUAUUCAUGAGAAUGCCCAGCUGCUGGACACCAAAAAUGCUCUGAAUGUGGUGAAAAAUGACCUGAUAGCAUGUGUGGAUGAACUGUCAUGUGAGAAGGAGGUUCUGCAGGGAGAGCUGGAUAUUGUCACUCAGGCCAAGAACAAACUGGAGGAGAAGAACAAAGAAUUAGAAGAAGAACUUAAGAAGAUUCGAGCAGAACUGGAGGAAGCCAAACAGAAGGCAAGGAAUGACAAUGAGGAUGACAGUGAUGUACCUACAGCCCAGAGGAAGCGCUUCACCAGGGUGGAGAUGGCACGAGUCCUGAUGGAGAGGAACCAGUACAAAGAGAGGCUGAUGGAGCUGCAGGAGGCUGUCAGAUGGACGGAGAUGAUCCGGGCUUCAAAGGAGAACCCAGCGUUCCCAGAGAAGAAGAGAUCCAGCCUCUGGCAGUUUUUCAGCCGAUUGUUCAGCCCAUCGGGUGGUGCGGCCAGGAAGCUGGCCGAGGAGGCUCCCGUGAACGUGAAGUACAACGCACCCACAUCUCACAUUCAGCCGUCUGUCAAGAAGAGGAGCAGCACCCUGCAGCAGCUGCCCAGCAACAAGAGCAAAGCCUUUGAUUUCCUCAAUGAGGAAGUGGCAGCUGAUAACAUGGUGUCCAGGCGAGAACAGAAGAGGGCACAGUACCAACAGGUCAAAGCCCACGUCCAGAAGGAGGACAGCAGAGUGCAGGCUUAUGGUUGGAGCCUGCCCAAGAAGUCCAAAGUAAGGAGAGAGUCAACUUUGGCCACUGGUGGUCAGACGGAAAGUAAGGUGAAGAAUCUACCUGUUCCUGUCUUCCUCAGACCACUGGAUGAAAAAGAUCCUUCUAUGAAGCUGUGGUGUGCUGCCGGUGUGAACCUCUCUGGAGGUAAAACCAGAGAUGGAGGCUUGAUUGUAGGAGCCAGUGUGUUUUACAGUGAUAUGCCUGGACCAAAGAGCCCUAAAAAGAAAAUAGGAUCUCAGAGCAGCCUGGACAAACUGGAUCAAGAACUCAAGGAGCAGCAGAAGGAGCUGCGGCAGCAGGAUGAGUUAUCAUCGCUGGUGUGGAUCUGUACCAGCAGCCAGUCCACCACCAGAGCGGUUGUCAUUGAUGCCAACCAGCCUGGAAACAUCCUGGAAAGCUUCUUUGUUUGCAACUCUCUUGUCCUCUGCAUCACUAGCGUACCAGGUGCAAGAGAGACAGACUACCCAGCUGGUGAAGAAGUACCUCCAACAUCUGAGACAGAACCAGCAGGAGACGGCAGCUCACCAUCAACCUGUAGCAGCUCAGCAGGUGGCAAUGGCGUGUUUAGAGGCAUCACUGUUGUGGGCUGUGCAGCUGAAGGAACAGCAGCCGUUCCUCAGACAGCAGACAGUCCACGAAAAGAUGGAGAAACUGGAUCCAGACCAGCAGACGAAGCCACCGAGGCAACCGAGGCCAGUGUAGGGCUCGCUGACCAACGAGAAACCCUGAUUGGAGCCUACACUGAGCACGUCUUCACUGAUCCGCUGGGAGUUCAGCAAACGACGGAGCCUCCAGCCAGCUAUUCUCAGAGGGAGAGUGAUCUCUUGAAGGACGGGGUGAGUUCAAGCCCCAGUGCUGAGGAGCAGGACCUGAUGAGAGAAGAGGCUCAGAAGAUGAGCAGUGUUCUGCCCACAAUGUGGCUGGGAGCACAGAACGGAUGUGUGUACGUACACUCCUCUGUGGCUCAGUGGAAGAAGUGCCUCCAUUCGAUAAAACUGAAGGACUCUGUGCUCGGCAUCGUGCACGUGAAAGGGCGUGUACUGGUUGGUCUUUCUGAUGGCACUUUAGCCAUUUUCCACAGAGGAGCAGAUGGACAGUGGGACCUGACCAACUACCAUCUGUUGGACCUGGGGAGACCACCCCACUCCAUCCGCUGCAUGACUGUAGUGCAUGACAAGGUGUGGUGUGGCUACAGGAACAAGAUCUAUGUGGUGCAGCCCAAAGCUAUGAAGAUAGAGAAGUCAUUUGAUGCCCACCCUCGUAAAGACAGUCAGGUGCGUCAGCUGGCCUGGGAUGGUGACGGUAUCUGGGUGUCCAUCAGGCUGGACUCCACUCUCAGGCUGUUCCACGCACACACCUUCCAGCAUCUCCAGGACGUCGACAUCGAGCCCUACGUCAGCAAGAUGCUGGGUACGGGCAGACUGGGUUUCUCGUUUGUGAGGAUCACAGCUCUGAUGGUGUCAUGUAAUCGUCUGUGGAUCGGCACUGGAAAUGGAGUCAUCAUCUCCAUUCCUCUAACAGAGACAGCCAACAAGGUAACCAAGGCAGUGGGUAACCAUCCACGAAGCGUAGUUCAUGUCUACGGUGAUAACAGUGGAGACAAAGUGACAGCGGGGACAUUCGUUCCAUACUGCUCCAUGGCUCAUGCUCAGCUCUGUUUCCAUGGCCACCGGGAUGCUGUCAAGUUCUUCACUGCUGUCCCAGGUCAUGCAGUUCCAUCUGCGUCCUGUGGAGCGGAGGCAGCAGGCGACAGAGCGACAGAUGUCUCAGUUCAGGAAGGAACCAAGUCUGUGUUGGUGAUGAGUGGAGGAGAAGGCUACAUUGACUUUAGGAUGGGCGAUGAACAGGGGGAGGAGGGUGAGGACCCCCCCAUGAAGCUGCAACCCUUCCUGGCUAAAGCCGAGCGCAGUCACCUCAUCGUCUGGCAGGUCCUGGUCAAAGAGGACUGACCUCUGACCUCCAAGGCCUGAUUUGCCUUUUCUCUUAAAUCCGCUGCUGUGGAGGAGGAGUUCAGGCAAACCACUACCUCUGCAGCCACAAGUUUAAUCAGCACUUUUUCUCCUCAGACCUGAACAGUACUUUGAGAGCUCUCUCUGUGGUUAACUGGACUGGAGCAGUGCAAGCAGAUUCACACAACCUGCAUAUUAAUGUUUCAUUACUUGUUUUCUUAUAUCCUUUUUUAUUUUGUGGAAGUGAAUUUCAAUUUGUUAUAAUGGAACACACUCAGUCCUUUGUUAUAUUUGGUCAGCAAAUGUACUCUGUUUUCCUCCCGACAUUUCCAGCUUCCCUCCACUCAGUCCAGUUACCAUUCAAGACAAGAACUAAUCACCCAAGAGCUCCUUUGCUGCCUAUAAUAGUGUAACACUGGGGAAAUCGGUGUUGGAGCCAGCCAUGUGGGAUUCAUGAUGAAUUUCAGAUCAUGUUUUUGUUUUUUAUCCUAUGAGGUUUGACUUUUGGUUGUAUGCAAGACAAGAAGUGUAAUCAAUCACCAGUUGCCUCUUUAAAGUCAAAUGCAAUACACAUUCAUCUGGUUGGUCUGCGCAAAGGAUGGACCUGUGUUUAUCCAAAUAUUUAAGCUGUAAUAGAAGUAACUCCAGUUUGUGCCUUUCACAUAUUACCAUUACAUUUAAGUCACAGAGCUAAGUAUCGAUUUUCCAAAAAAUAAAUAUCUAAACUCAGAAGGUCCUUUAAACGAACUGGGUGAGACAUACGCCAGCAGUUCAACCAUACAUCAGCUUUUUAAUUUGUUCCUAUGUUGUGAGCCCUGAUCAUUGACUGUGUGUACGAUGGACGGGCUGAACCUGGUGGCUGGUUGCACUAUAGGUCAUUAGUGAUUGUUAGUCCAUGUUAGUGGAUGAGACAUGAACUGAAUGUACAAAUCAAAAUUUUUCCCAGAGGUCACUUCUGUGGUUUCUGGUAGAUAUUAUCACACUGAUAUGUGGAAGGUGGCUAUUUUUCUGGUAAGAUUGUUUUUAAUAAGUUAAUUGAUGAUAAAAAAAGAAGAGGUUAUUUCUGUUGUUUUGAUUGGUGGUCUGAUAUGCUGUUACUCCACUGCUGCUGCUCAGCAUCUGGUUGCAAAAAGAGCAAGAUGGCAGCAGCUGUAUUCAUGAUAUUUAGCCUUCACUUUUGCAUAGUGGAGGGAAGUUGUGAGGUGUCAUCCGUCCUAUAUACAGUCAGUGGUCAUGAUCCAAUCAUAGAUGAUAGCUGUAAAUAAUACAGCUCUUUGCUCAAUUUGCAUGACACCAAAAUAGAAUAUUUUUUUAACCCAUGGAAAUUUGUACAUGUAUUGAUGUUUCCAAUAUGCUGCAGUUCCUUACAAAAUAAUGAGCUAGCACAUUAUUUCAUUUCUGGCUAUUUAAAUAGGAAAUAUAGUCGCAACGUGAUGAAACCAGUUACAAAUCUUUUUUCAUAAUGCAAUACAUUUUAAUAUUUACUCAUCCAGAAGGCUAGAAAAGUCUUUGAGGAUACUGGGAAUAUCCCCAGAACUACUCUAACUGUUGAAACAUAUUCAGGAUGGGUUUGAGUAAAUCUGAUGAUCCUCUGACUCUAGUGCCACCAUUAGCUCAGAUUAAGUAUCCAGCACUGAUGUUACCAACAGCCUCAGCUGUACUUUGUAUUUAGUGCUAAUUGGCACAUGCUAGCAUGCUAACACUAAGAUGUAAACAUUACACCUGCUACACAUCACUGAGUAAUUAUUCUUCAGAAAUGUGGAUGCUCGACUCUGUGGCUUUAAUGUACAUUAGAAGUACAAACUGGGGCUGUAUGACUAACAAACAAAACCCUAGUUAUGUAUCUGCCUUUGAUCCCUCCUUUAAGCCUGAUUUAGUUGCAGUGCUGACAGAUUCUUAUACCAUUUCAUCAUAUACCAUUGCAACUUGUAUCUAAACCAGUACUACAUGAGGUUCAGUGCUCUGCCCUCAGUCUCCCACCAGCUCCAGCUAAUGUAGACUUUAAAAUAUGCCUUAGCUAUUAAGGUUUGAAAGGACUGUGUUACAGGCUUUUCAGGUAUGACAUAGUAUUUAUUUCUUUUUCAGAUAAUGUUGUUUGCUACCAAAGGUUAAAGAAGUAAACGUUGAUAGUUCAGCUAUAUGCUGAAACAUUGCAUCUCAUCUAAGGUGGUGGCUUUCAGCCUCCAUGUAGAUAACAUGCAAGGUUUUGUAACAGAAAUCCUGGUGUAUAGAUAGGAUAUAUUUUUAGAUGUUCAUAUUUGAGAACUGAAAUAUUUUCACAGCGUGAGAAAAGAGAAUGUGCUAGACCUGUUAAGCAGCCACACUGGGAAUCAAAUACCCCACCCCACCAAUCCUUAUCUUGACAUUUAGAGGUCAAAACUGGAACGUUUUUGUUUUUGUUUUUGCGGUGGUGCUCCGCUCUCUGUGCAUAAGGCAGUGUUUCUCAGAGGCAGCCCAGUCUAAUAGGAAAGGAGCAAUUCCAGAAUUAUUUUUUUUUAAAGACUGUCCCCUCUCUGGCUGUGUUCAUGGCCACUGUGUACCAGCACACUGCACUGGUACGUUCAUUGUUUUGUCCUCUUUGUACUGAACAGUAUCAGAUGAGGCAUUUCUUCAUCAUGCGAGUGUGUAUGUGUGCAUCUUCUCUCCAAGAGAGGAGAGAAAUGUUAUUGCAGUUUAGCCGAUUCAGUAUUUAUUUACAGUGAUUGAGCCUUUGCAAUUCAGAAUGUAUCUUUAUACACUGAACAUGAAUAUAUAUGAUUAUGUAUGUAUGAAAUAUGAGAAUGGCUUGGACUUAUUCUUGUGACAAUGAUACAUUUGUUUUGUAGGGAGGGAAUUUACUCAGCUAUGCACAAUAUCACUGAGGAGAGCAGUGAGUGGAGUUUGCUCCAGGCCUAACUCUUUUUUUGUUGUUGUUGAAAGUAGAGACCCUGCAGUCUGUUCAGACACUGACACAAUCAGUUUUGGCCUCCGGAGCAGAAAGAAGUCGAACUGAACUGUAAGCAGUGUAUCAUGUAAGUUCAUCCCAUCACAGCAUGACAGAGGCUUCUUUCUCCAAGUUUCGCUGCCCUCCGCAGGUCUGUCACCGCUCUCAUCUGCAUAUGUUUGUCAUCAACUUGGCAGGGAUUCCUUCUGUUCCAAGUCUGCAGUACACACACCAUCUUGUACUUCAACAGCAUCUCUAGCCUUACUUAUUGUUAACAAUAAAUUAAAGAAACCUUG